AUGGAGUCUUUGAAGCCGACUUGGUACCAUGAGCUACUUGCUCUCGGCGCUUUAUCCUUUCUAACGACUCUACGUGAGUCUUCUUUGCAGAUCGCCGCUCAAUACCUGAUCGCUCUGCUCGUGGCGCGGCACGUUGACCACCACUUCCUCGUCGGCGACCUCAUAAACCAGGCUAGGUCAGGAAACCCCAUCGAGCCAUACCUCUCAUGGACGCGACAAUGGCCAGACGAGCCGUUGAUCAAGUUCACCGGCUUCGGCAACGCGGACUGCCUCAUCAUCAACGACCUGGAGGUCUUUAAAGAGGUCUUUCAGACAAAGAGCUAUUCCUUCAUCAAGGCGCAGUUCAACACCCGCAUCAUUGUACAAGUGACGGGGACCGGGAUGGUGUUUGCUGAAGGAGACUUACAUAAGGCCCAGAGAAAGUUAUUGUCGCCCUCAUUUUCUCUCACCAAAGUCAAAAAGGCGAUCCCACUCUUCCAAAGCAAAGCAAAAGAGCUCGUCCAACUCUUUGAUAAUGAGAUCAAGUCUCAACAGGGCGUCGUAGACAGUAAGUCUGGCCUCAAGCAGUUCGACUUGGUCGACUGGCACCUAAAUCUCGCCUCGACAAUCCUCUUGCUAACCUUGCGGGUUCACCUCAACGCAGUGUCCCAAGCCUUCAGCCGUGUUACAGUCGACAUCAUAGCAUGGUGGACCCUCGGCAUCGACCUCCAAGCAACCCUAACCCACUCCUUCUUCCAUCAAGCCUACCACCGCAUGUUCGACCCGUCCCUCUUUGGCGGCAUCCUCAUGGUCAUGAACGCCUACAUCCCAGGAACCCGCUCACUCCCCUUUGAAGAGAAUCGCGUCUUCAACGCCUGCAGCGGUGGCGUCCGCUCGCGCAUACGAGAAGUCAUUCGCGAACGCUUCGCAGAGAUUGACGAGGUCCCCGGCGGCAGCGGUAGCGGUGGUGAUGGUAAAGGCGCGGAAAAGACCCGCGACAGGCCCGAUCUCCUAACGCACAUGAUCCUCGAGUCCAGAUCCAUCAACGAGCCCUGGUCCGAGGACGAAAUCCUCGAAAAUUGCCUCAACAUGAUGGUCGCAGGCCACGAGACCUCCGCCACGACGCUCACCUGGGGCACGCACAUCUUCACGCUCUACCCGCACAUCCAAACGCGCGCCAGGGCCGAAGUCUCGCGUCUCCUCAAGAAGAACCCGACGCCGGACUACCGCGACCUCGAAGAGGGCCUCCCCUUCAUCGAUAACCUCACACGCGAGAUCCUCCGCUUUUACGCGCCGGGCGUCCUGGCCGCCCGCGAACCGCUCGAGGACGUCACCGUCGGCGGCACGUUCGUCCCCAAGGGUACCCCACUGUACAUGUUCCCGGCCCUCGUCACUAGGAACAAGCGCAUUUGGGGCGAGGACGUGGAUGUCUUUGACCCGGACCGGUGGGACCGUCUCAAGGGGACGCCGGCGAGCAACCCGCUUGCCUUUGCGACAUUUUUGGCUGGGCCUAGGCAGUGUAUCGGAAAGGGGUUCGCACUGAUUGAGAUCAAGGUGCUCUUCAUGGCGAUUUUGAGUAAUUUCAAGUUUGAAGCCGCGGUGGAUCCUGAGGAUAUCGAGUUCGUUAAUCCGAGUCCUGUUUUGAGGCCCAAAGGGGGUUUGAAGGUGAAGGUGCGACGGCUGGAGACGGGUGAUGUUGAGGAUGCGUCCUUAUACUGA